AUGUCUUGCUUCUGCAAUAGGGGCGAACAUAACGUGGUGCUUUGUUGUAUGAAAGGAAUGGGCGAAGGAGAAGCGACUGACGGAUGUGGAUGGAGAGGUGACGAUGCUUCCAUUGAUGCUGUACUUAUCUCGGACCAAUCAAAGCCCCCUUCCUCCGGUGAACAAGUUUCAAGCUGUUUGAGUUUAGGAGAAACGGUAAUAGGCCUAAUUAAUCCCUUUCCUGAUGAAGGCCCCAUAAAGCCAGACGAUGGAAGAGACCUGACGAGAGAUGGCGAGCCAGUGGAAGAACAGUGGGAAGAUAAAGUUUCGAGACGAGGACCGGAUGAGGAAUUUAUGGAUUCGGAAGAUAGGGAUGCGAAAAUAAAGUCCUCUGCUUCAGGUUGA